AUGUUUAUCUCAAAAAUAACCUUCCUCCUCCUUUCCUUCGUGGCCUUUAUAUUGCCAGUCCUUACCCACCCAAUUGAAAGCAACUCCGAAACCCAGCUCUGGAACUCACCUGAAGCUCUGGCUGCCCUCGCAAUCAUCAACGACCCAACCCCAAAAUUCCUCACCAACAUCACCUUCACAAUGAGGAAACACUUCAGAACAUCACCAUGCAAACGUCCUACAUCUGUGAGACAACUUCCGGAUCCCCAAGUGUCCACUGGGUUCGCGAAGUAUCUGGAGAACUGCGUGGGAAGUAUAAAAACUCUAUGUGUAUGCAGCGGAAUGCAUUUGGAAGCAAGUGCACAAAACUCCAUGCCCUCGGGGAUGCAGCACUUAGCCUUUGCGGGGUCUUAUUCCGCUGGUACUUUUGCGAUGCUGCUGGGUUUGCUGGGUUCUGGAUAUCGGAUCAUUGCGCCUGGAAUGGGUUGGCUGGUGGGAGGUUUAUUUAUGACGACAUUCCAGCGAUGACACUUGCAGUUCACAAGAACUAA